AUGGACACUAAUAGUAAUAUAUAUGAAUUAGAGACGAGUAGUUACGAUGAAGAUAUUGGUCAAGUAACAGAAAGUCAGUCAAUUCCGGCCUAUGCUGAUGUUCAAACAUAUCCUUGUACGAAUUGUGGCCGUCGUUUUAAUAAUGAAUCUCUAAGAAAACAUCAACCAAUAUGUAAAAAAACAUCACGACAAUCUCGAAAAGUAUUUGAUACUGGUAAACAACGUGCUACAGAUUCUGAUGUACCAUAUCAAGCAACUAGAGAAACUACACAGUUUUAUCAAGAGGGUAUAAAACCUAAAUCAAAUACUCCAAAAGCAAAAACAAGUAAUUGGCGCGAGGGUCAUAAUGCACUUGUUCAUACAAUUCGUCAAGCUCGACAAAUAACACAAGCUAUUGAUGACGGUGUUCCAUUACCUAAACAUGUACCCUCACAAGUUCCAUCUGAUUAUAUUCAAUGUGAAUAUUGUCAACGUCAUUUUAAUAAAUAUACAGCUGAACGACAUAUUCCUUUUUGUGAAACACAGUAUAAACGAAAGCAAAUGAAUUAUCCAACAAUGAAUAAUAUACGUACACCUCCUGAAAAUCUUAGCCGACAAAGAUAUGUAAAUCAACCAGAACAUCAAAUUAAUUCAGCAUCAUCAAAAUUAGUUUCAAAACGACCUCAAAAAAUUAACAAUGAAAAAGAUUAUCAGAGACCACCAAUAAAUCCUAAUGGAUUUAAACCAACAAUUGUCAACGAACCAAGAAAGAAUCCGCCAUCGAAAUAUACUAAUCAACGAAUAAUUAAAACACGUAACGCAACAGGAAAUUAUUUACGUAAUAUAACAGGUCCUGGUCGAACACCCGAUAAUAAUCGUUUUAAUACAAUGGAAGAUACUGAUCAAGAACAACAGACAUAUAGUACAGGAUCACGUCAACAACAACGUAUGACACACGUUAAGACUAAAACACCAGGUCCAACUCUUCGACCAACACAUGUAAAUGGUGGACUCCAACAGCAGAAAAUAAAAAUACCACCAGCAGCAAAACAUUGCCAUGAAUGUGGUGAAGCUUUUCCUGUUGAAACGGCAAAAUUCUGUUGUAGUUGUGGCGAAAAACGUUUCGGUAUUGCAUAA